CUGGUCUCGUUCAGUUGGUGGCGUGCGCUCUAGCCCUGCGGGUGUACUGUGAUCGUGAUCUCGAUCGUGAACGUGUGUUGCAAGGACGAUAGCAAGGACGAAGACGACAACGCCGCGAGAUUUGUUAGCCCUAUAUGUGUAUCCUUUUUGGCAAUGCGCAGGCGCAAAGUGCAAACGAACGAAUGUGCCCAGUGACAAGUGUGCCAAAUAAUUAAAACUCAAGUGUUAAACAUUUCAAGUGCCUGUGCAUCAAAAAGCAAACUUCUAAAUAUUUGUGCAGCGCCAAACGCUGUCGAUUAGUAUAAAGCAGCAGCAGCAGCAGCGAAAUGGAUUUAUCGAGGCGGUUGCGCUCAACUGCCUUGAUAGCAUUCAUAGUACUUAUAGGCAUACAAGACUCACAGAGUAGAUUCCCUGGACUCCGCGCAAAAAGACAGUAUGGCGCAAAUCUGUAUUUGCCCGCCAGUUCCGUGACGCCUGGCGGCGAGGGCAACGAUCCCAACGAGUGGACCGACUGGAGCUCACCCUCGGAUUGCUCGCGCACCUGUGGAGGCGGCGUUUCUUAUCAGACGCGCGAAUGCCGCCGUAGAGACUCGAAUGGCGAAGCUAUGUGCAGCGGCGGCAGUCGUCGUUACUAUUCAUGUAACACACAGGACUGUCCCGAGGAGGAGCCGGAUUUCAGGGCUCUUCAGUGCUCGCGCUUCGACGAUACCAAAUUCGAUGGCGUGCUUUACGAAUGGGUGCCCUACACCAACGCGGCCAAUCCCUGUGAGCUGAACUGCAUGCCCAAGGGCGAGCGCUUCUACUAUCGCCAGAGGGAGAUGGUCGUGGACGGCACACGGUGCAACGACAAAGACCUGGAUGUUUGUGUCAAUGGCCAAUGCAUGCCGGUUGGCUGCGACAUGAUGCUGGGCAGCGAGGCCAAGGAGGACAAGUGCCGCAAGUGUGGCGGCGAUGGCAGCACCUGCAAGACCAUCCAGAACACGUAUACCUCUAGUGAUCUGGCUGCUGGGUAUAACGAUCUGCUGCUCGUGCCCCAAGGCGCCACGAAUAUUCGCAUUCAGGAAUCUUCACCAUCGAACAACUAUCUGGCCUGUCGCAAUCAGACAGGUCACUAUUAUCUGAACGGCAACUGGCGCAUUGAUUUCCCACGUCCCAUGUUCUAUGCGGGCUGCUGGUGGAACUAUCAGCGCAAGCCGAUGGGCUUUGCGGCGCCUGAUCAGCUGACUUGCAGUGGUCCCAUAUCCGAGAGUAUCUACAUCGUAAUGUUGGUGCAGGACAAAAAUGUGAGCGUUGACUACGAGUACAGCAUCCCGGAAUCUCUGAGCCAUAGCCAGCCAGAUGCACACACGUGGACGCAUCGUGAGUUUGGACCUUGCAGCGCGUCUUGCGGCGGUGGAACUCAGUCCCGUCAAGUGACCUGCAACAAUCGCAUUAAUUUACAAGAAGUCGAUGAGGCUUUGUGCGAGGCUCAGAGCAAGCCGGCCGAGAGUCAGGUCUGCGGUACUGAGCCAUGUGCUCCACAUUGGGUUGAGGGCGAAUGGAGUAAGUGUUCAAAGGGUUGCGGGUCUGAUGGCUUUCAAAAUCGCACUGUUAGCUGUGAGCGCAUUUCGUCUGAUGGUGUUCACACGGCGGAGGACGAUGCCGUUUGCCUAAAGGAGGUAGGAAACAAGCCAGCAACAGCUCAGGAGUGCAAUCGUGACGUCAAGAACUGUCCGAAGUAUCAUUUGGGACCCUGGAAGCCCUGUGACAAGCUAUGCGGCGAAGGCAAAGAAACCCGAAAGGUCACCUGUUUUAUUGAGGAAAGCGGUCGCAAGCGUGUCCUGCCGGAUGAGGAUUGCGUGGAAGAUAAGCCUGAGGUGGAAAGAGCUUGUCUACUGGCACCUUGCGAAGGUGUUGACUGGAUCGUGUCCCAAUGGAGUGGUUGUGAUGCCUGUGGUCAGAAUACCGAAACCCGUACUGCCAUUUGCGGCUCCAAGGAUGGCAAGGUAUAUCCAGAAAAGUUUUGCGGAUCAAAGGCGCCUGAGUUGUCCAGACCCUGCACUUCUUCGAAGUGCGAGUCGCAAUGGUUUUCAUCCGAUUGGAGCAAGUGCUCAGCACCAUGUGGAAAGGGCAUUCAAUCACGUAUUGUUCUCUGUGGAAUUUUUGACGGGAAGAGCAUUAAAACAACAGACGACUCGAAGUGCGAUGCAGCUACUAAGCCAAAAUCCGACCAGGAAUGUGAAGGCGAAGAAAAGGAAUGCCCUGGCGAAUGGUUCACUGGGCCUUUCGGCGAAUGUAGUAAGCCUUGCGGCGGUGGGGAACGCACUCGCGAAGUGUUGUGCUUAUCCAAUGGAACGAAGUCCCUCAACUGUGAUGAGUCAAAGGUUGAAUCAAUUUCUGAAAAGUGUAAUACUCACCCUUGUACUAAGGAUGAGGUUUUGCCUCUCACUAGUACUGAUAAGCCAAUUGAGGAUGAUGAAGAAGAAUGUGAAGAUGAUGACGAGUUUGAUUUGGUCACCUCUGACUUUACAGAUGAGGAGUCAGAAACAAUGUCGACCACAGACGAUUUAAUGUUGAGUGACAGUCCUUAUACAACUUCUGAAGAAGCCUCUGCAUCUACCGACAGCACAGUCGAAGGAUCAGGCUCAGAAAGCACUUCUGAUAGUGGCUUCUCAACCGAAGGUAGUGGAGAUGAUGAAGAUACAUCUUCGACGGAUACAUCAUCCUCAGGAUCCACGGAAUUGUCCACUGAAUCAAGUGGAUCUACUGAUAGUAGUGAUUCAACCUCAGAGGCCUCAUCUUCUUCUGUAUCGGGAUCCACUUCAGACUCCUCAACAGGGGGAUCAACUGAAUCUACUUCAAGUGUUACAACAGAUUCCACAAGCUCAGUCUCAGCGGACUCAAGUUCAACAGACAUCUCAAGCUCGAGCUCUACAGACUCAAGCUCAACUGAUGUUACGAGCUCAACCGAAGAGUCAAGUUCGACGGAUGCCUCAAGCUCGACGGAUGCUUCAAGCUCAACUGAUGUCUCGGGCUCAACAGAGUCAUCAGGCAGUACUGAUAUCUCAAGUUCGACAGAUGCCUCAAGUUCCACAGAUACCUCAGGCUCAACGGAUGGCUCCAGUUCCUCAGACGCCUCAAGUUCAACGGAUGUUUCAAGCUCCUCAGACGCUUCAAGUUCCACGGACGUCUCAGGCUCAACAGAAGAGUCCAGCUCCACAGAUGCCUCAGUAUCUACGGAUGGCUCUACUGAUGGUUCUUCCAGUGGAUUUACAGAUAUGCCUAUCGAAACUUCAUCAUCAGUGUCUACUUCAUCUUCUGAAUCCACUGAAUCUAGUAGCUCAACAGAAGGUGUAUCAUCUACUUCAGAAUCCUCAAGUGAUGCAACGAAAGACACGACAGACAUAUCGACUUCAACAGAUACUUCUUCUUCGACAGAUUCUUCUGUAUCCACAGAUACGACUGUCUCAACAACAACUGAAACUACGACAGAGCAAUCGACAGAAUCAACCCAAUCGACUAGUUCACCAGGCUCAACUGAGAGCACCACAGAGGGUAGCUCGACCGCGUCUUCUGAGACGAGUAAUGCGUCUAGCGAAUCAUCUGAUUCAACAACUGGCGUUACUGAAUCUACAGAUUCCACAAGCUCAGGCUCAACAGAAAGCACCGUACAAGGAUCUACAGAUGGGUCAACAACCAACGAUAGUAGCAGCUCCAUUGAUGCUUCUACUGAUACAUCGACGGAUGGUGCAAGCGAUAGUUCUACAGAGAGCUCUACAGAUAGUUCGACUGACAGUUCGACAAAUAUUUCGACUGGUUCUUCUGAUGGCUCGUCUUCUGGAUCAUCUGAUAGUUCCACCGAAGGUUCUACUGAUAGCUCGUCCGAUGGCUCAACUGACUCCUCCAAAUCUUCGGAAUCAACUGAGUCUACGACAGCAAAAAGCUCUACCUCAUCGGAAAGUACUUCGGAGGGUUCAAGCAGUGGCUCAACGACUGCAGGAAGCUCCAGCUCUACUGACGUCUCAAGCUCCACCGUCAGCUCUAGUUCUACCGACAGCUCAAGCUCCACCGACAGUUCUAGCUCCACCGGUGGUUCUACAGAAACAACGGGACUUACAAGUGAAUCUUCUGAAUCCACAGGCUCUUCAGCGUCUACCGAUGGCUCUUCUGAAACCACCGUGUCUACCGAUGCUUCCUCCACUGAUGUUACUUCUUCAGAAUCUUCUGACUCGACGGCCACCACCGAAAGUGGAGGUACAACCGAAAGUGGGGCGACUACAGAUACUACGUCUGACAGCUCUACAGGCUCAUCGGGCUCAACUGGUAGUUCGCUAUCUACGGAGGAAGGAACUACCAACGAUAUCUGGAGCACGUCUGAUGCCGAUAAUGAAUCUAGCACUCCACAUACCUGGGAGACAACUCUUACCCCGACAAAGGAUAAACUACGUAAAUGUAAGCCGAAGAAGAAGAAUUGCGAAAAAUCUAAAUUUGGUUGCUGUCCCAAUGGCAAAUCAACUGCCAAGGGACCAUUUGACGAAGGAUGUCCAAUUGCGAAAACUUGCGCUGAUACCGAAUUUGGUUGCUGCUCAGACGGGGUUUCUCCAGCCGAGGGCAAAAGAAACAAGGGCUGUCCGAAAUCGGAUUGCGCGGAGACGCUCUUCGGCUGUUGCCCCGACAAAUAUACUGCUGCCGAGGGUGAGAAUAACGAAGGAUGUCCAGAGCCAACAACCUUGCCCCCAACAACAACAGAAGAAUCAACUAUUACCACAUCCACCGAAGUUGAAGGAUCCGGCGAUUCCACUUUGUCAACAGAGUCGGAUACCGCUGUCACAUCUUGCUCCUUCACUGAAUUCUACUGCUGUCCUGAUGGAAAGACACCUGCCAAGGGUGAGAAUUUCGCUGGCUGUCCAGAACAUGAAGAUCGCCAAGGCUGUGAUAAGUCUGAGCACGGUUGUUGCCCAGAUCGUCGUACUCCUGCUGCAGGUCCUAAUGGCGAAGGCUGUGCUGCUUGCACAAGCGAACCAUUCGGCUGCUGUCCAGACAAUCAAACGCCCGCUCACGGCCCACAGGGCGAGGGUUGCUGCAUUAAUACACCUUACGGUUGCUGCCCCGACAACAUCCGAUCUGCAUAUGGACCCAACUUUGAGGGCUGUGAAUGUCAAGCCUCUCCGUAUGGUUGCUGUGCCGAUCAGAAGACAUCGGCGCGUGGACCACAACAGGAGGGCUGUCCAUGUGAGACCACUCCACACGGCUGCUGUCCAGACAAGAUCACAGCUGCCAGAGGACCCAAAUUUGAGGGCUGCCCGUGCGAAACAAUGCAAUUCGGUUGUUGCCCAGAUGGCCUCUCCUUUGCCAAGGGACCACAUCACCAGGGAUGCCACUGUGCCCAGUCAGAGCACAAAUGCUGUGAGGAUGGCAAGACACCAGCUAAAGGACCGAACUUUGAGGGCUGCACCUGCGUGGAGACCGAGUAUGGGUGUUGUCCAGAUGGUGUUACCAAGGCUCAGGAUGACAAGUUCGGCGGUUGCGAAAAUGUUCAAGAGCCACCACAGAAGGCUUGCGGUCUACCCAAGGAACAGGGUAGCUGUGGCAACUUUAGCGUCAAGUAUUACUUUGAUACAACCUAUGGAGGCUGUGCUCGUUUCUGGUAUGGCGGCUGUGAGGGUAAUGGAAAUCGUUUUGAGACCGAGGCUGAAUGCAAGGAAACGUGCCAGGAAUACACCGGACAGCAUGUUUGCCUGCUUCCAAAGAGCUCUGGCCCCUACCAGGGUAACACCAAGAAGUGGUACUUCGAUACAGAUCGCAAUCGCUGCGAGGAGUUCCAAUAUGGCGGCUGGUACGGCACCAACAAUCGCUUCGACAGUCUCGAGCAGUGCCAGAGGACCUGCGCCAUUAGCGAGAGCUUACCCGCCUGUGAGCAGCCUGUGGAUAGCGGACCGUGCGGCGGCAACUAUGAGAGAUGGUACUACGAUAACCAGACCGAUGUGUGUCGUCCCUUCAGCUAUGGUGGCUGCAAGGGCAACAAGAACAACUAUCCCACUGAACACGCUUGUAGCUACAGCUGUCGCCAACCUGGAGUGCUUAAAGAGCAAUGCUCACUGCCUAAGCAAACCGGUGAUUGCAGCGAGAAACAUGCCAGAUGGCAGUUCUCCGAAUCCGAGAAGCGUUGCUUGCCCUUCUACUACACGGGUUGUGGUGGCAAUAAAAACAAUUUCCCCACAUUGGAAUCAUGCGAGGACCAUUGUCCUCGACAAGUUGCCAAGGACAUUUGCGAUAUUCCCGCUGAGGUCGGCGAAUGCGCCAACUAUGUAUUUGCCUGGUACUACGAUACCAAGGAUGCUGCUUGUCGCCAAUUCUACUAUGGCGGCUGCGGCGGUAAUGAGAAUCGUUUCACCAGCGAAGAGGCUUGUAUGGCUCGUUGUGAGAAGAAACCAGAGCCACCAACUCCUCCGCCAGCGCAGAGCGCUGUGGAUGUCUGUGAUCAGCCGGAGGAACGCGGCAAUUGUGACAGUUAUUCGCUUAAGUGGAUCUUUGAUAGGUCUAGUGGUGCUUGUCGCCAAUUUUACUAUGGUGGCUGCGGAGGCAAUGGCAACCGCUUCGAGACCGAAUCUGACUGUCUGCAGCGCUGUGGCAGACAGCAGCCAGAACCACAACCCCAGCCGCAACCACAGCCGUCAGGAAAUCUGUGUGAUCAGCCAGCGUCUGUGGGCGAUUGUGCUGAGUAUGUGCUCAAGUGGAACUAUAAUGCGACUUUGGGUAGCUGCCAGCAGUUCUACUAUGGUGGCUGCGGGGGAAACGAUAACCGCUUCGAUACCGAACAGGAUUGCUCAACGCGUUGCAUUGCAGGCGUAGAAGAGGAACCGCGCCCAGAAUCCGAAACGGACAAGUGCUUCCGGGCCCCAGAGCCUGGCAACUGUUAUGAGAACACAACGCGCUGGUACUACAAUAGCCAGGAGGGACUCUGCGAUGAGUUUGUUUACACUGGCUGCGGCGGCAAUGACAACAACUUUGCCACCGAGGAGGAGUGCCAGAAUGACUGCCAUCCCGCGCAGGAGACCUGCUCCCUGCCACCAGUGGCCGGACGCUGCAGCGAUAUCUCACAGCGGUGGUACUUUGAUGAACGAACCGGUGCCUGCCAUCAAUUUGAGUUCACAGGCUGCCGCGGCAAUCGAAAUAACUUUGUGACCGAACGUUCUUGCUUAGAGUACUGUCGUCGUGAUCAAUCGCAACCGGAGCCGGAACCGGAACCGCCAGUACCUUCCUUUUCGGUGUGCUCACAACCUCCCGAGGCCGGAGAAUGCGACAACGAGACCACCGCGUGGUUCUACGACAACGAGAAAAUGGCCUGCACAGCCUUUAGCUACAGCGGCUGUGGCGGCAAUGGCAAUCGGUUCGAGACCCGCGACCAGUGCGAACGCCAGUGCGGCGAGUUCAAGGGUGUCGACGUUUGCAAUGAGCCGGUGACAAGGGGUCCCUGCACACAGUGGCAGACCCGCUACUACUACGAUCGCGAUAGCCAGACCUGCCAGCCCUUCACCUAUGGUGGCUGCGAUGGCACUGGCAACCGUUUCAACGAUCUCUAUGAGUGUCAAACGGUUUGUCUGGCCGGCCGCGAGCCACAGCCUUCGGGUGCGGCCAAAGAUAUCUGCCGGCUACCGGUGAUCAUCGGUGUGUGCAACGGCCGCGCGGUACAAGAGCGUCGUUGGUACUACGACGAUGAGCGCGGCACUUGCGUGUCCUUUAUUUACUCGGGUUGCUCAGGCAACCAGAACAACUUCCGUUCCUUUGAAGCAUGCACAAAUCAAUGCGGAAAGCCAGUCGAGAAUGAGAUCGGCAACGAAAUCUCUCCCAGCCGGUGCGAAACCUACGAUAACGAGUGCCGUGAUCUGCGCUGCCCGUACGGCGUGCGUCGGGUGCCCGCUGAAUCACAGCCGGAGUGCGAGCAGUGCAUCUGCCUGAAUCCCUGCGAAGGCUACCCUUGUCCCGACGGUCAACAGUGUGCCAUUGAUGUGUCCGGCGCCGGUGAUCGUGACAAUCAGUUUGUGCCCGUCUGCCGUGACAUCAACAAGCCGGGUGUCUGCCCACAGUUGGCGGCCAACGCCAGCGAAUGCGCCCGGGAAUGCUAUACCGAUGCCGACUGUCGUGGCGAUAACAAGUGCUGCAGUGAUGGCUGUGGACAUCUUUGCGUGGGCCCAGCACGUCCCACACGCCGACCAAAUACUCCACCGCCGGCAGUUAUUUACCCAGGCGAAGUAAGAGCCACGCUUGAGACUAAGCAGCCACAGGAACUGGAUGUGCAGACCUCGAUUGGCGGCAUUGCAGUAUUACGUUGCUUUGCAACUGGCAACCCGGCACCGAAUAUAACCUGGUCCCUAAAGAAUGUGGUGAUUGACACGAACCAAGGUCGCUAUGUGCUCACCUCGAACGGUGACCUGACCAUUGUCCAAGUGCGUCAAACCGAUGAUGGAACCUAUGUUUGCGUCGCUAGCAACGGCCUGGGCGAGCCAGUGCGUCGCGAAGUCGCACUACAAGUAACAGAGCCUAGAGAUGUACCUGCCUAUAUCUAUGGCGAUAAGAACGCCACCCAAAUCGUGCAACUGAACCGACCGGCGUUGGUCCGUUGCCCGGCUGGUGGUCAGCCCGCGCCCCAUGUCAGCUGGUGGCGCAACAAUCACCUCUUCGGCAUGGGCAGUGAGACGAGUCGCGCUGAGAUGAACCGCGACUAUUCGCUGUUCUUCCGCUCUAUACAGCUGUCCGAUCUGGGCCUGUAUACAUGCGAUGUGUAUAAUAACAAAGGACGUCCCGUCUCGCUGCAUGUUACGCUUAAGGCGGUAGGCCCAGCACGCGCUGUCAACAAUGAGGAUGCCAAAUAUUUGCAGUAUAUCAUUGAUCCGGCAACGGCGCCCGUCACUCAAAGGCCCACAUAUCCAUAUAGACCAUCGCGUCCGGUCUAUGUGCCACCCCCUGUUGUGCACGAUCCGAGAAUCGAUGCCCGAGCUGUCAUUGGCCUGGACCCGCAAAAUAGCUACACGCCCGGCUCAACAAUUGCGAUUGGCUGCGCGGUGCAGGGCAAUCCGGCGCCCAAUGUCACCUGGACUAAGGAUAACACGCCUUUGUACGUCAACGAGCGCAUCCAAAUAACAUCCGACCCGCAUCGCAUGGUCAUCCAUGAUGUUACCACCGAGGAUACCGGCGUCUACGGCUGCACAGCGCGCAAUGCUUAUAGCUACAGCACCAGCCAGGAGACAGUUACCAUCGAAUCUGUCAUACCGGUAUCGCCCGAAUGUAUUGACAAUCCCUAUUUCGCCAACUGCAAGCUGAUUGUCCAGGGCCAGUACUGUGUGAACAAGUACUAUGCGCAGUUCUGCUGCAGAUCCUGCACAUUGGCAGGCCAGAUAGCGCAGCCUCAUCCUAAUGCGCUUUAAUUCCAUACCAAACUUUAAAGCCUAGCAGCAUUUUUGUUGGACUUCUGCAUUGAAUUGAGUUUAAACCAGAAAAUAUUCAGAUAAUUAGCAAUGUCACAAAACCAGCAGAGAGACCAAAAACCCGCCAAUUGCAUAGCCCACAGAUCAAAUAAAAUAACGAACGUUUUGCUUAGUAAAUACAUAUACAUAUACAUAUAUAUCCUAUAUACGAUGAUUUCUUCCAGCA